GUUCCCUCGACGUCAGGCGGCGGCCAGGGCCUGGUGCUGGCGGGAGGGGCUGGCUGAGGCGGAGGAGCGGGGUGGGAGCCAUCUCGGCCCUGCGGAGGUGGAGGGGAGCGCGGCUGAGACGGGGGUCGGAUCAUGUACCAUGGGUGAACCUAUAUCUGAAUCCGAGUUUGCAGCCUUGGCUUUUUAUGCUGGUGAUAAGUCUUGUUGUGAAUUGGGCCAUGGAAUGUUUAUACAGCGAUCGCAGCGUAAGCCUAAAACAGGUGUUGAUCCCUGUGAAGUGUGGUGCAGUCAGCCGGUCGAUACGUUAAGAGACUACUGCAACAUUAUUAAAAUACGCAUCUUAUGGCCUCUUCUCUUCAAAAGUGAAAGUAAUUCUUUGGGAGCUGAUUGGAGUUCACAGAUUUUAGACCAGAAUUGGAAGAGACUCUGUGAUUUAGAGUUUUUGGAAGACCUUGUUGAUUUAAUUAAAAAAGCUGUUAACGUUCCACCUUUUAUCAGUGGCAUACUGAGAAUUGGCAGCAGGAUAGAAAAUGGUUUCUUUGAUAUUGGGGAUGCACUUGAUUGGGUCAGAUACACAGGUGAUGUCAGUAUUCUGCAGAGGCUGGAGAAACUUGGUGAUUUUGGUUGGAUCUAUCUUGAAAUUUUCUUCGCUGAAUUCAAACGUUAUAUUACUAAAGUUGCUUUGGAAGAUUGUAAUUUAGUUGAAGAGUUUAAAGCUGUGACCUGUGAAAACUGUAGAAAGAACAGUGAAUCUAUGAAGCAGAAAGGAAAUGAGGAAUUUUCCCAAGGAAACUUUGAUCAUGCUAUAAUGUCAUACACUAAAGCCAUAGAGUUUUGUCCAGCAAACCAUCUUCUGUAUGGAAACCGAGCUCUUUGUUUAAUUCUCACAAGGCAGUACAAGAGAGCCCUUGCUGAUGGAAAAAGAGCCACUAUUUUGAAGCCUAAUUGGCCAAAGGGUCACUACCACUUCUGUAAGGCACUGUCAUUACUGGGGGAACAUGAACUGGCUUUGGAAGCUAAUGAGAGAGCUCAGGAACUAUGCAAGAAUAUUCUUGAUGGACUUAAGGAUCUUAUUCAACAAAACGACAAGUUAAAGAAGACAUUAGAAGAAAUCAAUGGUAUUAAACAACAUAAACAGAAACCAAAGAAGUCGCUUCUUGAGAAAAAAGACUGCAGUUCCUCAGAAUCUCAUUUAAUAAUCUCUCAAGAACAAAAAGAAACAGAAAAAGACAGAAAGAGAACACAUUCUGAUCCUAAAGAUCAUCAUUGUCCUCAAAAACAUGAUACCAGGGUGACUGACAUCCAAAGAGCAGAAAGCAAAGGUUGGUCUCUGGAGUUGCCACCAAGCCAAAGUCAACAAAGUAAAGGAAGGCCAAAAACCAAAACUGGCGAUUCUGAAAAAACAAGAGAUCACCUUGAUUCGAAGACAGAAUCUAAAGCUAUCCAAGAUAAACUCUUCUGUAAUGUGCAACAGGUGGAUUUAACUAUGUUGCCAGAAGAGGUUAAAUCCCUUGUUCGUGACGGUUAUACAGCCUUAAUGGACCAGCGGUGUCACAGUGCUGAACAAGCCUUUUCACAACUGUUGAGCAUUCUAAAUCCUUCAGAAUUAAAGCAACUGAAUCUCCGUAUUAUUAAUUACGUUGUAAUCAUCUAUGGACAUGCCACUGCUCUUCUUGGAAUAGGACAACCUGAGGCAUUGACAAAGGCUGAAGACCAGUUUAAGAAAAUAAUUGAACAGUAUCAGGAGGAAAGAUUUUGUUGUUUGGCAUACUAUGGAAUUGGAAAAGUAUACCUCAGACAAAACAGAUUUUCAGAUGCGCUUGAUCAGUUCAUGAAAUCACAAACCAUGGUUAAUCACAAGAUUGUACCUGGAGUGUUAACUUGGCCCACAACAUCUUGGGUCAUUGAAGAGACGCGAACAGAGAACUUAAAGUUGAUUUUAAAGAAUUGUAUUGAGGAAUGCAAGUUCCCUCCGGAACCAGAUGCAGUUUGUCGAUAUCAGCAAUGCCAUGGCCACUCCAAAAUCCAAAUAUUUUUUACAGACCCAGACUUUAAGGGUUUUAUACGUAUUACUUGCUGUCAGCAAUGUAGAGUGGAAUUUCAUAUUAGCUGUUGGAAAAAGUUGAAAACAACAAACUUCAAUGAUAAAAAUGAUAAGGAUUUUCUUCAAGAACUAUGUUUCACUCCUGAUUGUAAAGGCUUUAUUUCAAAAAUAGUUAUUUUCAAUUCUUCGGGUCUGGUAAAAUGUGAAUUUGAACAAAAAAUCACAAAACACAAGGAACCACCAAGAGCCAGUAUUAAACAGAAAUGUUCAAGUCUUAGGAAGUUAAAAAUGAAACAAGAAAAAAAAUUACGAAGAAAACGUGCACGAGAAGAGGCACGGAAUUCUGCUAAAAAGAAAACAGAAGAAAACCAGAUAGGAAAUGAACCAUCUCAAUGCAGUGAUCACAAUGGUUAUGUUCAGGAUUUAUAUGCUGGUGAUCGAGUCCUGCAGCAUAUCAGUCGAAAUGCUGAGCGAAUAAAAACGGCUGUUCUUGAUGCUUCCAAACUAUUAAAGGAGUUGCUUUCAUGGUUUGUAAUCGGUGAAGAGGAUUACGCGUCAUAUUCCAAAACUAGUAGCAUGUCACACGAAGUGAUGGAGCAGCUCAUCAGUUAUCUAAUUCACCAAAAAGACAGAGUAAAAACAAGGGGGUUUAUCCAUGUGCUGAGUGAGCUGGAAGAAGUUGAUCCCAAAUUACAGAAGUGGCUGAAACAUCUUAACAACUUGGGUCUGACCGCUACAAAGAACUUUCUCCUCCAAUAUGAACAACUUUUAAAAGGGCUUGACCUUUCUAUUUUAACCACACUCUGGAAUGAGAAGUAUGGUAGUAAAUUUGACUAUGUGACAACUAGUUCUGAAGACAAAGAAAUUAUUGAUUAUUUCUUAAAACCACCCCUAGAGAAAACUCGUUGUUUUAUAUGGCUGUUAGAAGACAAUAGAGAAAACUUUCCAUUUCUUCAUCAAGCUUUAGAUGAAUUCUUUGAUAAAAUGGAUGACCCUACCAUUAUAUUAAAGAAGCAAGGAAAUGAAAACGUAUCAACUAAUGGUAUCAAAGUUAAAAACAAAAACAGGAAGAAGAACUCAAAAGACCCAAAGUCUAUUUUAGUAUUAUCCAGUGGAAUUAGUACAGCACCACGAGAAGAAGAAAAGAUAUUUAUAGAAGAAAAUACUUUAGAUUUUACAAAUUCUAAUGAACCAUUUGUAAUCCCAGAGUAUCUUCGGGGGCAACUAGAGACAUUUGAAGCUCUCCGUGAGAUUUCAAAUAAUAACAGUUAUCAAAGACUUUCGGAUAAUAUCCCACGUCAAACCUGUGAGAGCUUAUAUGAAUAUUUUGCUCAAAUCUUGGAAGAACAUGGCCCUAUGGAAAUUAAUAAUAGAUUACUAGUUGGGGAAUAUGAACAUUUCCCUGAAGAAGCUCGAAAGAUUGUAGAAGAUGAAGGUGGCCUGAAAUCUUUUCUUCUGAAAUCCCUUCGUUUCAUUAUGGUGGAUAAUCUUAUUGGUUUAAGAAAGCAUGCAGUUCUUUUUAAAGAAAAUACAAACAGAAAUGAGACUGGAGAUAAUGAAGGAGAAAAUGAUAUAGUUUGUGAUGUGCAAGAAAAUUCUUCCCUGAGCAAGCUACAGUUAAAUCCAGCUGCUGAGGAGUUCAAACCACUGUCUUAUCCUAAGCAACCCCCUAUAUCAACAUCUACUGACUUAACAGUAGCACGUUAUGAGACUCCACAAUAUUUGCCCUGUUUUUUGCCAUGGUUGUUUCCAGACGUAUUACUAAAUUGCUUUGAUGCUCAAAAUCCUGAUAUAUUUUUCCCUCAGACUUCCUGGGGUUAUCAAUAUGGAAGAAUAUUGCCAGUGCCUUCUCAAAUGCCUCUCAUGUCAACUGUUGCCGAGCAACCUGGUUAUAUUUAUGCUGAUCGUGUAGCUCAUCAGAAUAAUGACGAAUCAGCAAUUUCAGACAGAAAAUACAACUUUGGCAGUUUCACACCAACUGAAAUAGAAACGUAUGAAGACCCUCAGUGCCAACCGGAGAACUUGGAUAAUGCAUUUUGUCAAGACAAUUCUGCUGUUGCAAAUAGCACAAGUAAAGCAGAAUGUGGUAUAAAGGUUAUUAAGACGAAAAAAGAAAGCAGAGGUACACCUCUAAUGAAAAACAAGCCUCAUACAAGGAUGAUAGCUGUUCAGGUAAAUCAUGAAGUAGCUGAUAGGGAAACUAAUACCUUGCCUUUUCAUCCAUUUGAAGCUCAACAAGGAGAUAUUCUACGUAUGGAAAAAGAGCAUCAGGUGUUAAAAGAACAACUUAAAGAAGCACAGGAAAAAUAUGAACAGUUACAAAGCCGAAACUCGGAGGAAAUUGGUGCUUUAGAAGAGCUUCUAAAAAAAAGUGUCGAAGAGACAAAGGUAUCAAAGAAUGAACUGGACUGGCUUCAUCAAGACUUAGAAAUAAAAGUGAAAAAAUGGCAACAGGAGAAAAAAGAAAAUCAAGAGAACUUAAAAGCACUAAGGAACACAGCUAAAAAGCAUACAGAUACCAAUGAUAGGUAUUUGAAGACCAUUGAUGAGAAGGAAAAGCAGUAUAAUGAAUAUUUCAAUACGUGCCUCGAGACCAGUAAUAAACUUGCUAAUGAUAAAGUAAAAUUGGAAGAGCUUAUCAAAAAGAGUGAAGAUGACUACCAAGAGUGUGUGAGAAGAGCUGUUAAAGCAGAGAUAUCAGUACUCAAAAACUGGAAGGAGACUGAAGUAUGCAAGCUGAAUGGCAUAGCUGCCAAUGCAGAAGCAAAUCUCAAGACACUGAAGUCAUUGAGCAGCAGCUCAGCUUCAGCAGCACCUAAGUUGAAGUCACAUAUUGAUUCUUGGGAAAUAUUUAUUUCAAAUGUAAAGAAACAACUGGAAAAAGUAGAGGCUGAGUAUGAAGAAAAAAUUCAAAGGGUGAAGAAUGGUGUGCGGAACUGCCUCACUAAAACAGAGACUGGGGAUCUUCCUGCUCCUCCCAGCGUUAUAGCAAAACAAGGCAGGCCCCCCGUCAGUGACCCAGCCAUCGUGAUGUAUUCCUCUGCAUCUGCACAGCCUAAUUUACUGCCUGCAUUUUCAAGUUCUGAAGAUCCAGGUCCAACAAACGCUUCGCUUAAUACGCAGGCAGGAGUGAGCCCAGCAUAUGCCAAUUCUAAGUCUUGUUCUGCAAGUGGUGGGUCAGUGAAAACAUGCUCCAAACCUCUGGAAGAAUCCUAUUCUGAUAAAGUUUCAGGAACUUGCCUGUCAGGGAUUUCUGGAAGUAAUACUCAGAACGUCCAACCAAACCAGAACCUCCGAGAUGACUCAUCUAUACAACAAAGGCCUUCUGGACUUCCAAACAACAAAGUGCUCCCAAAACCAUUUGAAAAUAUUAUUGCGCAGCUACAGAGUAUAUUCCCAAACUAUAGCAGUUCAUACUUUAUUAGCUUCAUAAAAGACGUACAGAGACGAAACGGGAAUACACUGUCAGGUUUGAGCUCAGAUGAGAUUCUAAGCAGGGUGACAGAACUCAUUCUGGACUGGCAGAACCAGGCACCAACCUCAACAGGGAGACCUGUGACAUCGGUAUCCGCCGCUUCACCAGCGCAGGCUGGAGCUCGGAGUCGGGACGUACCGGCAGGAGAAAACGUGCCCAGCCCACCCAAAGGGAGAUCCGCACAGAAAAACCCCUCGAGUAAAAAUCCAUCUCAGCCCAAUCCCCAGCCCUGGGGAAAUGUUGGAGCAACACCUAAAUCUAAAUGGAAAAAAGCCUCCAGCGAUGAUCCCUGCAUAAUAUGUCAUGAUGAGCUAAGCAGAGACUCCUGUGAACUCGAGUGUGGGCAUCGUUUUCACAGAGAAUGCAUUAGAACAUGGCUUAAGCAACAUUCCAGUACCUGCCCAAUCUGCCGCGUCCACGCUCUGCUCCCAGAAGACUUUCCUGAACUUCCUGCACGGAACAAAUACACCUAAACCUUGUUUUAUUUCAACACGUUACAGCAAGAUGCAAAGUAGCUGCAGAAUAACCACCGUAAUAAGGAACAGUAAACGUGAUGCUUAGAAAGAGACAGAACCCUGUUUUUAUAGAAAAUGGUAGUAGGACUUAGACUUACUCAGUAUUUUAACACUUGAUUCUGCACCUGCAGAAUCAGGGUAGUGCUCUCCCAGAUGCAGCAGUUGUCCUGUCCUGCCUAAACGUGCAAAGCCCAUGGAGUUCAGAGGCCAGCAGCACCCAAAACCAGCAGGGUUAUUUCGGCCAAGGGAUAUUUAAUCUACUCUAUCUAAUUUUCUCACAGGCUGGUGCAUAAUUCCUGUAAAGCAGGGGGUUUCCUUCAGUGCUUACACCACACUGAAAAUAAAUUCUCAUGUCAGACAAGUAGGUGACCUGAAUGACAGACGCAGAAUUUGGAACAGCCGAGACAUUGCCUUCCUCGGGCAUAAACAAUUACAGUGUAACUGCAGGAUUCAAAUCGGGCUUGUUGUGAUCAUUCUGAAUGCAGUUCAUAUCAUUGUAGCUCCUUUCUCUGCACAAAUCCAUAGCUAAUAAUUCAAAUGAUUUAAAGAAUCACUUUCGGUAAUAUUUUGAAGUAUUUAUGCGAUUCUUUCCCUUUGUCUAUCGAGCUGGAAUACUCUGGCUCAGUUCUCUCAUCUUGAAAUCCGGUUUGAAUUUCCCUCAUCGUUGGAGAGGUUUGUUUCUAUCAGAAUUACAGGACUUUUAUUUUUAACGAAGCAACACUGCGUCUGUGUUCAGUGCUUGGAUGUUCACCAACAGCAUGAGGUACAGAAUACAAACAGCUGGAAGAAAAGUUAUCCUCCUGCUUUAAAAGUCUGGGCUUGCCAGAGUAACCUCCAUUGCUGCAAAAUUCAUCUCAAGUAGGCAGCAGGCCAGGAGGAGAGCACUUAGAGCUUAACCACUCUGAAACUUGAGGGUGACUGUUGUUUGGAUACAAGCAGUAUCAAAUUGAUUAUACAAGAUUAAGUUAGAUAAUUCCAGGGAUCAUUUGUUCCCCCAAAUGACUAUGUAUCCUCCAAAUGAAGUUUUAAACUAUUUUGUGAUUAAUCCGUAUAUUCAUUGGUACUUGGAUCAAAAUUAAAAUUACUCCUGCAGCUGA